AUGGCCAUUGAUAUAGAGAGGACUAUGUCAUUUCAUCUCCAUAUCCCACUGGCUGAGACAGAUUAUGCUGAGAAGGAGAACACCAUAGCAAAAGCUCUGGAAGAUCUGAAGGCCAACUUUUACUGUGAACUCUGUGACAAGCAGUACUAUAAGCAUCAAGAGUUUGACAAUCACAUUAAUUCAUAUGACCAUGCUCACAAGCAGAGGCUCAAAGAACUGAAACAAAGGGAAUUUGCUCGAAAUGUAGCAUCUAAAUCCAGGAAAGAUGAAAGAAAACAGGAAAAGGCACUCCAACGCCUGCACAAGCUGGCCGAGCUAAGAAAGGAAACUGUGUGUGCUCCUGGAAGUGGCCCCAUGUUCAAGUCAACAACUGUUACUGUGAAAGAAAAUUGUGAUGAAAUUUCCCAAAGAGUUGCUGUGGAUUCAGUUAAUAACCAGGAAGAUUUCAAAUAUACUUUGAUUCAUAGUGAAGAGAAUACUAAAGAUGUUACCACUGUUGCUGAAGAUCCAGAAAGUGCAAAUAAUUAUACAGCAAAAAAUAACCAACUUGGGGAUCAAGCCCAAGGAAUUCACAGACACAAAAUUGGCUUUUCUUUUGCAUUUCCAAAGAAAGCAGCAGUGAAGCUGGAGUCCUCAGCUGCAGCCUUCUCUGAAUACAAUGAUGAUGCCUCUGUGGAAAAAGGAUUUAGCAGAAAAAGUAGAUUUGUCCCUGGUACUUGUCAUCUUCAACUAUCUUCACCAACAGAUGUGCUUUUGAGUUCUGAGGAGAAAGCUAACUCUUUUCAUCCACCAGAAGGAAUGUGCACUGAGAAAGAAACUGCUCAAACUCAAGAGAUGAAAGAAGUUUCUAGUGAAAAAGAUACAUUUUUAUUACCUUCAUUUUGCCAGUUUCAACUCCCUUUAUCUUCGGAUGCAGAUAAUUGCCAAAAUUCAAUCCCAUUAGCAGAUCAAAUACCACUGGGCAGUGUUAUUAUUAAUGAAGGCAUACCUAUGAGUGAUAACAGUUCCGAAUUGUUAGGAAAUAAAUCCACAGUUCUCGAUAUAGCUAAUGAAUGCAUAUCUUUGCAAGCUAUCACAGAGGAAAAUGUUAAGGACCAUGAUACAUCUAUAGUUGAAGCUGACAAUAAAAAUUAUGGUCCUGAGAUGUUGGCCCCUUCAAAUUCUGAAAAGGAAAAUAUAACUUUCCAUAAAAAAAAAGAUUUAUAUAAAAGACCAUGUGAACCAUUUGUACCCGUACUUAACAAAGAUGGAACCACAAUUCUUCAGUGGCCAUCAGAAAUGCUGAUUUAUACAUCGACUCAGCCAUCAAUUUCCUAUAGCUGUAACCCUCUUUGUUUUGACUUCAAGUCCACUAAAUUAAACAACAAUCUAGAUAAGAAUAAACUGCCGAUAAAUGGUCUUUCUUCUCAGCAGAAGGGAGAAGACAUUUGCAAGAGACCAGUUUCAGAAUGCAAGGACACACCUAUUGUAGGACUCACUGAUUAUGACACUGGGGGCAGCAGAAAUCAAUGCACCCAGGUCAUUCCUUUUUUGGUUGGUGGUACUCUUUCCAAUACCUGUAAUUCUGGAAAAAAUGGGAAUAUGGGUCAGAGGUAUAAAAAUAUUUCCUGUAGGAUCAGAAACACAAAAAAAUACAAUUUUACUAAAUGUCAAAUGAAACAGGGCACUCUAGAUGAGAAAUAUCACAAAAUAAGAUUGAAAGAUACUCAUGAACACUGGUUCCAUAAAAGUAGAAGGAAGAAAAGAAGAAAAAAGUUAUGUCAGCACCAUCAUGGGGAGAAAACCAAAGAGUCGGAAAUUCACUUCCAAAUGGAAACGGAAAACAGUUACACUGAUAUAACUAGGAAGAAUCUACUGGAAACAAUUUCAGAAAAGCAGUAUUUAGCUGCAGGGCAAUUAUUAGACUCACAACAAUUACCUGAUAAAAGGCCCAAACCAUCAACCAUAUACUUAAGUGAAAAUGAAGAAAUGUGUAAAGCUCAAAACACUGAAAAUGAUAGCAAUGACGCUAACAGUUCUAAAAACCACUGUACAAAGAGCUCAGUUGUUUUCAGUGAACAAUCCAAUCCAACAGUGAUACAGUCUGGAAAACAUAAUUUAACUUACUCCAGAACUUACUGUAGUUGGAAAGCCAAAAUAUCCGGCUGUAGUCAGGAUCACAGAUGCCUAGUUCUUCAAAACGACAUGAGCUGCCUGAGCCAGAACCAGGCUGUUAAAAGAGGUUAUAAUUCUCUCAUUAAUGAAUCAGAAAGAUUCCAUCGAAAACGUAGACAACAUUCAUAUUCUUAUUCUUCGGAUGAAAGUUUAAAUCGACAGAAUUAUUUACCAGAAGAAUUCUUGAGGCCCCCACGUGCUUCCGCUCCCUGCAAGCCUAAAAGGAAACGGAGGAGAAAAAGAAGCAGAUUCCACAUCGGGUUUGAAGCUUUGGAACUCAAAGAGAACACAGAUCAUCCCAAGAAGGGCAAUUCUUCCUUAUGUCACCAGGAGGAGUUAGUAAGUGAAGACAAAACAGGGGACAUAAAACCACAAGAAGUUGCGAAUGCUGAGAAGAACUCAGAAGAAGCAGAGGGAGAAGAAAACCAGGCGACUUUGCCCCUGGGCGGUCCCCUUCCUCCUGAAGCCUGUGGUGAGGCUGCGCAAUCAGUGCUGGAGACACCUUCUGGGGACUCGAGGGACAUCUCCCACCCACGCGCCACCUCUGUCUACCACGUAGCCAGUGCCGCAACAAAAGAAGAAAUUGGCAAUACCUUGCUGCAACAGAAAGAAAGAGGUGAGGGUAUAAAUAUUCAUGAAAAGCAAAUUCCUUUCAAGGUGCCUAAUACCGACAGGAACUUCAGACAGUCGCAACCGAAAUCGUACCUCUGCCAUUACGAACUGGCAGAGGCCCUUCCACAAGGAAAGGUGAACGAGGCCUCGACCGAGUGGCUGCGUUUCAAUUCGGGAAUCCUUAACACACAGCCACCAUUACCGUUCAAGGAAGCACAUGUCAGCGGUCACACCUUCGUAACGACGGAGCAAAUCCUGGCUCCAUUAGCUCUGCCGGAUCAGGCGCUGCUGAUCCCCAUAGAAAACCACGAUAAAUUCAGAAAUCUGCCUUGUGAGGUCUACCAGCACAUCCUCCCGCCCAACAUGCUGGCCAACAAGGUCAAGUUUACUUUUGCUCCGGCCGCCCUCCCCCCGCCCAGCCCGCCUCUGCAGCCUCUGCAGCCUCUGCCUCUGCAGCAGCCCUUCUGUUCUACCUCUGUAACCACUCUGCACCACGCGGUUCUGCAGCAGCACGCGGCGGCGGCCGCCGCCGCCGCCGCCGCUGCGGCCGCAGGAACCUUCAAAGUGCUUCAGCCCCACCAACAGUUUCUUUCCCACGCCCCAGCUCUCACCAGAACAGCGUUACCUCAGAUCUCAGUGGGACCGGUCGGACCAAGGCUUUGUCCUGGGAACCAGCCAACUUUUGUGGCUCCUCCUCAGAUGCCAAUCAUUCCAGCGUCCGUUCUUCAUCCUAGCCAUCUGGCUUUCCCACCUUUACCCCAUGCCCUCUUCCCUUCACUGCUUGCCCCACACCCUACUGUCAUCCCACUGCAACCCCUGUUCUAG